AGAGCUGGGGGGGGGGAGAAAAAGUGAAAUGUGGGGGGGCUGCCCCGCCCCCAUUGAUCGCAACUUGCAACCAACCCCCCCACCUGAAUAGCAUUUUUGGGGGUAAACGCCCCCCCCCUCUCCCACCCACCCAUCCCUAAUCCCGUCCUCGGGGGAAAAAGAGGAGGAGGAGGAGGAGGAGAGCCCCAACCCUCUCGGGAACGAGGCUACCUUGGCCGGGCGGGGAGCCUACGCGAGGCCGGGGAUUUUACGGCCUGCCUGCUCGCUUCUCUCCCUUCUCGGUAUCUGCCGAGAGGGCGCAGCAGGAGCAGCUGCUCUCCCACCGCCACCUUCCUCCGGUGAUCCCUCCUUCUCCAUCUCCCCGUCUUCUCCUUGGGGCAAAAAAGGGCCCUGCAACCAACCAACCGGCUGGCCCAGGAGCGAAGCCCAGCCGAGCCGCCGCCACAGAUAUGAUGGAAGAAUUGCAUAGCCUGGACCCACGACGGCAGGAACUGUUGGAGGCCAGGUUCACUGGAGCUGGCGUUGCAAAGGGGCCCCUGAACAGUGAAUCUUCCAAUCAGAGUUUGUGCAGUGUGGGCUCACUAAGUGACAAGGAGCUGGAAACUCCAGAAAAAAAACAGAAUGACCAGCGCAACAGGAAGAGAAAAGGGGAAUCCUUUGAGACCAACCAAGGCAAAGUCACUCCAAGGGGACAUAAAAUUAGUGAUUAUUUUGAGUUUGCUGGGGGAAGCGGUCCAGGAACAAGUCCUGGAAGAAGCGUGCCACCUGUUGCACGAUCAUCGCCACAGCAUUCCUUAUCAAAUCCUUUACCUCGGCGAAUGGAGCAGCCGCUUUACGGGGUAGACAACAGCGCAGCCAAGGAACUGCAGGAGGAUCACUCUGCUCUGCCAACGCUGGUGUCGGCGAUGCUGGCGAAACAGCGGCUAGAGGGCGAGCAGCUGGCCCAGAGGGGUGCAAGCCUCUGUUUUCCAUUUUCUUCGGCCCAGCAAGGCAGUCCUUCUUCAACGGGUUCAGGGAACACAGAGCAUUCCUGCACCUCCCAAAAACAGAUUUCCGUCCAGCAUAAACAGACACAGUCUGAUCUCACGAUAGAAAAAAUAUCUGCACUAGAAAACAGUAAGAACUCUGACCUGGAGAAGAAAGAAGGCAGGAUAGAUGACCUAUUGAGAGCAAACUGUGACUUAAGGCGACAGAUAGAUGAACAACAGAAAAUGCUUGAGAAGUACAAAGAACGGUUGAAUAGAUGUGUGACAAUGAGCAAGAAGCUUCUUAUAGAAAAGUCAAAGCAGGAAAAGAUGGCAUGUCGAGAUAAGAGUAUGCAGGAUCGGCUGAGACUGGGUCACUUUGCUACGGUGCGGCACGGAGCGUCUUACACUGAGCAGUGGACAGAUGGCUACGCUUUCCAGAACCUUAUCAAGCAACAAGAGAGGAUAAAUUCCCAAAGGGAAGAGAUAGAAAGGCAACGGAAAAUGUUAGCAAAGCGGAAGCCACCUGCCAUGGGGCAGGCCCCUCCAGCAACCAAUGAGCAGAAGCAGCGUAAAAACAAGACAAAUGGAGCGGAAAAUGAAACGUUAACGUUAGCAGAAUAUCAUGAACAGGAGGAAAUCUUCAAACUCCGGCUAGGACAUCUUAAAAAGGAAGAAGCAGAGAUCCAGGCAGAACUGGAGCGGUUAGAGAGGGUUAGAAAUCUACAUAUCAGGGAAUUGAAAAGGAUACAUAAUGAAGAUAAUUCACAAUUUAAAGACCACCCAACACUAAAUGACAGGUACUUGCUGCUACAUCUCCUGGGCAGAGGCGGAUUUAGUGAAGUAUAUAAGGCAUUUGAUUUAACGGAACAGAGAUAUGUAGCAGUAAAAAUCCAUCAGUUAAAUAAAAACUGGAGGGAUGAGAAGAAAGAGAACUACCACAAGCACGCAUGUAGAGAAUACAGAAUCCAUAAAGAGCUGGAUCAUCCUCGUAUAGUUAAGCUGUAUGACUAUUUCUCGCUGGACACUGACUCGUUUUGUACAGUGUUAGAAUACUGUGAGGGGAACGAUCUGGACUUCUACCUGAAACAGCACAAAUUAAUGACUGAGAAGGAAGCCCGGUCUAUUAUCAUGCAGAUUGUGAACGCAUUAAAAUAUUUAAAUGAAAUCAAGCCACCCAUUAUUCACUACGAUCUCAAGCCAGGUAACAUCCUCUUGGUAAAUGGUACUGCAUGCGGCGAGAUUAAGAUCACUGACUUUGGCCUCUCAAAGAUCAUGGAUGAUGACAGUUAUAAUUCAGUCGAUGGCAUGGAGCUGACAUCGCAAGGGGCUGGCACUUACUGGUAUUUACCACCUGAGUGUUUUGUAGUUGGGAAAGAGCCUCCAAAGAUUUCAAAUAAAGUUGACGUCUGGUCAGUGGGAGUAAUAUUCUACCAGUGCCUCUAUGGCAGAAAGCCUUUUGGCCACAACCAGUCUCAACAAGAUAUUCUGCAGGAGAACACAAUUCUGAAAGCAACAGAGGUGCAAUUUCCUCCAAAGCCAGUGGUAACGCCAGAAGCAAAGGCAUUUAUCAGGCGCUGCCUGGCCUACCGGAAGGAAGAUCGAAUAGAUGUUCAGCAGUUAGCAUGUGACCCCUACUUGCUCCCUCACAUCCGCAAAUCUGUAUCAACAAGCAGCCCGGCUGCGGCUGCCAUUGCCUCAACCUCUGGAUCUUCUAAUAACAGCUCUUCAAACUGAGCAGGAACAAUAGGCCAAAAAGAUAUAUAUAACCGGAACUGCAGAAAGAAAACCGAGAGAGAGUCAGAGACGUUUUGAGAAGCAGCCUUCGGGAUUGGCAAGGAAUCCACAAAACGGCCUCCAGAAACCGGUAUCGGUGCUUUGUUUUCCUCUUGCGCUCUUGUCCCAUCCGUAGAGCAAGGCAUCAUUGAUUCUCGGCAAGGUUCUAUGGCGACUUAAGUCCAACUUAAGUGGCCAAGGAAGAGGAGAUUGAUUGGUCUCGUGCUGAGCAACGGCAAAGGCACUAACCACUCUGGGCAGCAGAGAGAAAAGAUGGCUCCAUGUACUGUGAACUUCCAAACACCACGGACCCCGGGUGCGGUUCCAAAAUGCAGGGUGCACACACUGUGGAGAAUUGCGGACUUGGCAGCAGGGUAAAGAGGCUGGACUUGGUCCACUGUCAAUAUUUAAAAAUAUGUUCCUCUUUUUUAAAAAAAAACAAGACGAAAAGCAAAAUAAAGUUUAGGCUACAUCUCAUUUGGGGGGGAAAACCCCACAGAGCUCAAUGCUGUGAGGUUCCAUUGAGGGAGCGGCAUUGGACUCUUGAGCCCUUUGCAAGGGAGCCAAGUAUCCUGCCUGUUGAUAGCACCAGCAUUAGCAUGUCAUCCCAAAUAAUUUCAGUUUUAAAAUAACCAACUUUUAUUGGGGGGGGGUUGGUUGGAAGGUGAAAUAACUAGCAGGUCAAUGUGGCAGCCCCCUCUCCCUUUUCUUUAGAUUGGCCUCAUAUUCUGUGAAGGAGGAGUACAAUGUAAUGCAGAGGGUGCGUUACAGCUAGGAACAUAGGUUUCUGUCCUCGCUCCAGCCCCCCAGAAAACUGCUUUUUGGCAGGUACUUGACGGUUAUCCCCCUUCAGAAUAAAACCAAGCGUUUCUAA